GAGCAGGCCCAGUGAGGCCUCCAGGAAGCAGAAGAGCGUCCAGGGAGGAGCUUGGUGGGGACACGAAGGGGAACUGUGGCUGCUGGCAGGCUGCCCCCUCCUGUGAACUCAAGAGGAAGGAGGGACGCUGACCAGGAGGCCCCGAUGGAGAGCCGGCCUCCGCAGAGGUGGGCCCCGCCGCCAGGCCCCCUCACGGCCCCCUGGCUCCUGGGCUUGCUCCUGUCCCCCUGGACCGUGCAGCUGGCAGGAGGGCAGUCGGUGAUCCAACUUGGCUCCCCCAUAAUGGUCUCUCUGGCCAACAAGACCAUUUCCUUCAGCUGCAAUAUCACCUACCCAUGCACCCCAGAAUUCCAAACCUUUACAUUCAGCUUCUUUCACGUGGACCUCCAGGACCAGCAGAGCUCUGAGAAACAGAUUCCCUGCCAACCCAGGGUGGGCACAGAGAACCAGACCUGCACCACUAAGUGCUCGGUCACCCCCAAGCUGCCCAGCUCCUCAGCCACUGGCACUUACUACUGCUCCGUCCGCUGGCCGAACUCCGAAAGGAAAGGCAGCGGUACCUUCAUCCUGGUCAGAGACACAGGCUACCGGGAGCCCCCACGGUCCCCCAAGAAGCUCCUGUUCCUUUGCUUCAUCGGCCUCCUGAGUGUCCUGAGCAUCCUGGCUACAGCUCUGGUGCUCUGGAAGAAGAAACAGAUGCAGACUCCAUGGAAGCAGCCAGCCCGGAAGUGCCCAGCCCUGAGCACGGCCAGCCCAGAGCAGCCUCCGGCCGAGUCGUUCUACACGGCCCUGCAGCGCCAAGACACUGAGGUCUAUGCCUGCAUGCAGAACGAGGACAACAGUCCACCCUUCAGCUGGAACCUCUCCCAGGAGAAACCUCAUAUGUUUGAGAAUGACAGUGACGGUAACCUGGUCUACGAAAAUCUUUAAGAGGGGCUCCACCUGCCCACAGAUCUUGCCCUGGAUCACAGGCCCCGGGCAGCCCUCCCUCCGAAGGACUUGAUCUGUACCAGGAGUGAGGCCCCGGGGGCGCCCCAUCACCUCACCCCCACAUUCAGGCCCUUCCUGCCCUGGCCUGCCCCCACACCCAUUCUGGGCCCCAGCCAUACCCCGAGUGUUAACCAUCUCCAGGCCCUCUGCCAGGCGGGCCCUUCCUCAGUCUUUAAGGCUCUCUUGGAUACCACCCAUUUCCAGAUCCCUCUUCACCCCUCAGACACACAGGCUCUUGUGGCACCAGCCUGCAAGGCCGACCUGGAGCUCCUCAGGAAGGACCUGGCAAGGGGCCCUGGCAGGUGCUGAGUGCUCAAGCAUCGUGAGUGGAUGAAUAAAGGAGCAACUAUUGAAACGCCCCUACCUCCCUUC